AGACCUUUAUCUUAUUCACGCACCAAUCGGCUUAAUUGGAAAACAUGAUCAAGAUGUUUUCCCCCACGACGAGCAAGGAUUUGCAAUGAUAGACAUGCACACCAACUUGGUGGAAUUGUGGAAGUCGAUGGAGAAGCAAGUAGACGCUGGUUUAGUAAAAUCCAUUGGUGUCUCCAAUUUCAACGAGGAACAAAUUAAACGUGUUAUCAACAAUAGUCGCAUCAAACCAGCAAACGUGCAAGUUGAAAUGCACGUCCAAUUUCAGCAAAAAUCGUUGAGAGAAUUUUGCCAGAAACAUGGCAUAACUAUUUGUGCAUACGCUCCCUUUGCCUCACCGGGUCGCAAUGAAUUUUACUCUAAACUUGGCCUUAAACCACCUGUUGUCAUUCCGGAUUUGUUUCAGCAUCCAGUAAUAGUUAAAAUUGCCGAUAAGCAUAAAAAAUCAAGCGCACAAAUUCUCAUAAAAUACUUGACUGAACUUGGUGUAUCCGUGAUUCCUAAAAGCGUCUCGUCUGAACGAAUUCGAUCUAAUUUCCAGAUAUUCGACUUUACCCUUUCACCGGUCGAUAUAGCACAGCUUCAAGAACUGGACCUAGGAGAGAUGGGAUUCACCUUUGAGUUUUCAUCUUUUUUUAAAGGAAUGGACAAGCACCCAGAAAACCCAUUCCCUCACCGCGCACCAAAGAAUUAGUUGUAUGACGGGACGUUUUUGAGAAGCUUCGAGAUGAACACAAAAACGAACGAAGAUUUAUGAAACCACAUUAUCAUAUUAUAUAUACAAAUAAUAGAUGGUCGUUUACUCGUUUAUGUUUAUUACGUUGAAACAUCGCAUCAUUUGUUGAACUGAUGAAUCUGAACUUCCAAUUUUUACAGAGUAAAUUUUGAAACUUUCAAACAAAGAAUGCAAACAUAUUUGAUCCUCUGCCUGCAAUUAAAAUAUAUAUAGUUUGUUGCCAAU